AUUGUCAACCCCGCAAGAUUCAGACUUGCUAAUUUUGUUUAAGCAUGCCAUCAGGUGGACCUUUAUUUGUCCUUAAUCGGUCAGCUAGAGGCGAGCAGGGAAAAUCUGUGCAGUUAGCGAACAUUGAAGCUGGAAAGACGGUUGCCGAUGUAAUACGGACAUGCUUAGGUCCAAGGGCAAUGUUAAAAAUGCUCAUGGACCCAAUGGGUGGGAUUGUAAUGACAAAUGAUGGAAACGCUAUCUUGAGAGAAAUAACCGUUGAACACCCUGCUGCCAAAUCCAUGAUCGAAAUCGCACGCACCCAAGAUGAGGAAGUUGGUGACGGCACUACAUCAGUCAUCAUUCUUAGUAUGUGAACAUAGUUUGAGUGUAAUACUCUUUUUAAGGUGGUGAAAUGCUAGCAGUUGCUGCUCCUUGUUUGGAAAAACAGAUACAUGCUACUAAAAUCAUAUCAGCAUUCAGGAAAGGUCUGGAUGAAAUGCUAGUUUUACUUCGCGAGAAGUUGAGUAUUCCCUGUGAUGCAACAAAGGAGCAGGAAGUUCACAAGAUAAUCAAAAGCUGUGUUGGAACCAAAUUCAUUAACCAAUGGUCUGACCUUGCGUGUAAAAUCGCCUAUGAAGCAGUUAAAAUUGUGACUAUAGAGAGUGAUGGCCGUAAGGAAAUAGAUAUUAAACGAUAUGCAAAGGUGGAAAAGAUACCUGGUGGAACUAUCGAAGACUCAGUUGUUCUUGAUGGUGUUAUGUUCAAUAAGGAUGUUGUGCAUCCUCGUAUGUCAAGGAAGAUUGAAAAUCCUAGGAUUUUGCUCAUGGACUGCAACUUAGAGUACAAGAAAGGUGAAAGUCAAAUGACGAUGGAAAUAUCUGAUGAUAAAGACUUCACCCGUGCUUUAGAAAUUGAAGAGUCAUGUGUCAAAGAAAUGUGUGAUCACAUCAUACAAUUUAAACCCGAUGUGCUAAUCACUGAGAAGGGUGUUAGCGAUCUUGCGCAACAUUAUCUUGGCAAAGCCAAUAUAUCUGUUUUACGACGACUCAGGAAAACUGAUAAUCUACGAAUCGCUAGAGCCUGUGGUGCUACCAUUGUCAACAGACCAGAAGAAAUAAAAGAAGAGGAUAUUGGUUUACAAGCUGGUCUUUUCGAGGUAAAAACAAUUGGAGAUGAGUACUUCACAUUCAUCACAAAAUGCAAGGAUCCAAAAGCCUGUACAAUUGUGCUCAGGGGUGCUAGCAAAGAUGUACUCAACGAAGUUGAACGAAACUUGCAGGAUGCUAUGAAUGUAGCUCGUAAUGUUAUGCUUGAGCAGCGCUUGGUCCCUGGUGGUGGUGCCGUUGAAAUGGCUUUAGCCCAAGAGUUGACUGAAAAGUCAAAAACAGUUGAUUCUGCUGUUCAGCAAUUAGUGUAUUUGUCCAUGGCUCAGGCUUUGGAAGUAAUACCCAGAACAUUAGCUAAAAACUGCGGUGCUAACGUGCUCAGAUUGAUUACAGAGUUACGUGCUCGUCACGCUACGGAUCCCACCAAGUAUUGGACAUGGGGUGUAGAUGGAACAACGGGAAGACUUGCUGACAUGAAAGAUUUGAACGUUUGGGAUCCGUUGACGGUCAAGUCACAGGUUCUUAAAACUGCAAUUGAGACGGCAAUACUUCUAUUGCGAAUCGACGAUGUGGUUUCUGGAGUGAAGAAACAGUCGGGGGAUAAUACACCAGCACCUCCAGCUGCUGAAUAAGAUCACUGUUGUGCUCCAUUUGCUAAGUUAAAAUAUAUUCUGAUUCUGUAUGCCUCCAGAAUUUUUUAUCCCAUUUUACCAUGAGUAGUAGUCUUGAUUGUUGUUAACAGUAUGUUGAUAGUGUGCUGUUCUUUUUGUGUACAAACAAUUCACUUCAGUAUUCCACUACCUUCUACUGAAAGGAAAGUAGUCGUAAGGUAAAUAUCCAUGUUACGGGAGUUUGUCUACUGUACAUUAGUACAGUCUUUUAGCUUGUUGAAAUCCAG